UGGUGCUUUCCGGCUCCAGUGCGUCUCCAGACGCAAGGCCGGUGGAUUUAAAAAGCUGUUGCCCCUGUGAAACGACCACACGUUACUUCCAUUCGCGCAACGCGACGAGUUAUAAACAAAUUUAUACAUUCGCAACAGUUGAAACACCUGUACCUGUAAUUGUUUCACUUUUCAUAAGUGAAACAAUAAGCACUGCACCUGCAAUUGUUUAAUUACAGUGACAUACGACACACCAUGGUCUUACACCCAGAGGCAACAAAUGGAUGGAACUCAGUUAAUACAUUGCCAUCAACAGUAACAGAUAAUGUCAUACUCUGCAAGGUGCGUGGUCACCAGAGAGCUCCCUCAGGCUCUCGUGAGUUCAAGGAAAUGACGAAACGAGAUGCUCUCACUCAACUUCAGAGUGAAUUUGAGAAGCUCCUCGGCACUGCCCCUGAAGCCAAGAGAGCAGGCAUAAGCAAGCAGUUCAGUGGGUUUGAGAAGCUUUUUGAAAGAUUUCUCAGUGAAGAGGGCCCUUCAAUCGACUGGAAUAGAAUUGAAAAGCUGCCAGAAGAUGCGGUUAGAGACUACAGCACACUAUCUCAGCCAUCAACCGAUGUUGUCCACGAUAUGCUGGGUAAAUUGGUUGUCGUCAAACUGAAUGGUGGGCUUGGUACUUCAAUGGGUUGCCAUGGACCAAAAUCUGUGAUUCCAGUAAGAAGUGACCUGACAUUUCUUGACCUGACUGUACAGCAGAUAGAGCAUCUCAACAAAACAUACAAGGCCAAUGUUCCUCUAGUUCUCAUGAAUUCCUUCAACACUGAUGAAGAUACUCUGAAAAUAAUUAGAAAAUACAAAGGCUUACAAAUUGAAAUCUAUACAUUCAAUCAGAGUUGUUUCCCUCGGAUUAACAGGGACUCUCUACUACCAGUUGCAAAAAACUGUGAUGUAGAAGUGGACAUUGAGGCGUGGUAUCCACCUGGACAUGGAGACUUUUAUGAAAGUUUUAAAAACUCAGGUCUCUUAAAAAAAUUUAUUGAACAGGGUCGGGAGUACUGUUUUGUUUCAAAUAUUGACAACCUCGGAGCAACAGUAGACCUCAAUAUAUUGAAUCUUCUCCUUCAUCCAACUAAGAAGACUCCAGAGUUUGUUAUGGAAGUAACAGACAAAACAAAAGCUGAUGUUAAGGGUGGUACACUGAUCCAAUAUGAAGACAAACUGCGUCUACUUGAAAUUGCUCAGGUGCCAAAGGAGCAUGUAGAUGACUUUAAGUCUGUUAAGACUUUCAAGUUCUUUAACACAAACAAUCUUUGGAUCAAACUUGAUGCUAUUGACCGAGUCGUGGAGGAAAAGACAUUAAAUAUGGAAAUUAUAGUAAAUCACAAAACUCUAGAUAAUGGUUUAAAUGUGAUACAGCUUGAAACAGCUGUGGGAGCAGCUAUGAAGUGCUUCGAUGGUGGUUUAGGGAUAAAUGUGCCCAGAAGUCGUUUCCUGCCUGUGAAGAAAACAUCAGAUUUGUUGCUUGUUAUGAGUAAUCUGUACAGCUUAAAUCAUGGGUCACUUGUGAUGAGUCCACAACGGAUGUUUCCAACAACUCCACUUGUGAAACUUGGGGAAAAUCAUUUUGCAAAGGUUAAAGAAUUUCUUUCAAGAUUUGCCAACAUUCCAGACUUAAUUGAACUGGACCAUUUGACAGUCUCUGGAGAUGUUACUUUCGGAAGAGGAGUUUCUCUGAAGGGCACUGUCAUCAUCAUUGCAAACCAUGGUGAUAGGAUUGAUAUCCCAUCAGGAGCUUUACUUGAAAAUAAAAUUGUAUCAGGAAAUAUGAGAAUUUUAGAUCACUAGAUGGAGAUAUAUGUACCUAGAAACAUGUAUUAGACUCAUUUAAUAAUUGUUAAAAUGUGAGAGAAUUUAAAGUGGCUGAAGUAUGCAUGAUGUAUGUAAAUUAAAGUGUGUGUGUGCGUGUGUGUGUGUGGCUUAAAUUGUUGUCUUAGUAUGCUUUCCAAGCACAUACAAAUCUGCUGUUAGUUCAGUAACAGUAAAAUAAUUGCUAUAUUGUGUUACAGUAUUUCAUGAUAUAUACAUAAUUUUGAAUAUUUGUUGUUUUGUUGUUUAUAAAUGAAGACCAAAAUAAAAAUAAGGGCAUUAUUUUAUUAAAA